ACGCCUCACAUAUCUUGGUAAAAUGUGAACAUUGCUAACGUCUCAACCAAUUUAUCUUAGUUGUGAAUGCCCUUUCACACUCAUAUUUAAGAUCCUUAUAUAUCUAGACCAAUUUAGCUUUAGCUGUUAAGAAUGUGCGCGGUAGGUAGUUACGAGAGAUGAAACCGGCGUAAUGACUAAAUAGGAAGCUAAUUUUCUUUGCAUAAGUGAUCUCGGUUUAAAAUUCAGGGUUUUAUCUGUGGGGUUUCCCUCUCCAACCGAGAAUUUAAUGUAUAAAUUAAACAAAAUGAAAACUAUUUGCCUGAACACGAGGGAGCUAUCUUCUGUCAUAUAGCGUUAAUCUAGGUAACUAACCUAACCUAGUUACCAUAGCUAGCUAAUGUUAGCUGGUUAGCUGGCUACGCACCUGGAGCACGCAAGCGCAGAAUCCACAUUUACAGCCCAUCACAGCAAAAAAUGGCGGCGGCCGUUGAGAAUGUUGUUAAAGUGCUGGGGGAGCAAUACUAUAAAGAUGCCAUGGAACAGUGCCACAGCUAUAAUGCCCGACUGUGCGCGGAAAGAAGCAUUCUUAUGCCUUUUCUGGACUCCCAGACUGGUGUAGCUCAAAGCAACUGCUACAUUUGGAUGGAGAAAAGACACAGGAGUGCAGGUACAGCACCGGGGCAGCUGUACACAUAUCCUGCCCGUCGCUGGAGGAAGAAGAGAAGGGCACACCCACCAGAAGAUCCUGCUUUGGUUUUCCCACCCCUCAAAACAGCCGAGCUGGAAUUAGGGCUCAAGAAAGAUGUGUUGGGGACCUUGGAUGGUAGCAGCCUAGAAGCCUUGCUAAAAGGUGAACCACUAGAUAAGAGAGCCCCUCCAGAUCUCAGGGGCCCAGAGGAAGACACCAGUCUUGCAGACAUCUCGGGGACCACUGGGGCCAGUAGCCACACUGGCUCCACACGGAUCAGAAAGAGAAUCCUGGAACCAGAAGAUUAUCUGGAUGACUUGGACGAUGAAGACUUUGAGGAAGAGACCCCAAAACGACGAGGGAAAGGAAAGUCCAAGGGUCGUGGAGUGGGAAAUGGGAAAAAAAAAAUGGAAGCUGCUGCAGCAGCACUGGAAGAUCGUGAUAAACCAUAUGCCUGUGACAUCUGUGGAAAACGUUAUAAGAACAGGCCAGGCCUGAGUUACCACUACACCCACUCUCACCUGGCUGAUGAGGAAGGAGAAGACAAGGAGGAAGCUGAAAUCCACACUCCUGCACCACAUGAGGAGACCAAGACUCCUAAAAAAGGUCCAAAUGGUUUGGCCCCACCAAAUGAUUACUGUGAUUUCUGCCUGGGUGACUCAAAUAUGAACCAGAAGACGGGCCAGUCUGAGGAGCUUGUGUCUUGCUCUGACUGUGGACGCUCAGGACACCCUUCUUGUCUUCAGUUCACAGCAGUGAUGAUGGCAGCUGUAAAAACGUAUCGUUGGCAGUGCAUUGAAUGCAAAUGCUGCAAUGUUUGCGGCACAUCUGAGAAUGAUGACCAGCUCCUGUUUUGUGAUGACUGUGAUAGAGGAUACCAUAUGUACUGCCUCAGUCCUCCCAUGUCAGACCCUCCGGAAGGAAGUUGGAGCUGUCGUUUGUGUUUGGAUCUUCUGAAGGACAAGGCUUCUAUCUACCAAAGCCAGAAUACUACAAUGGAGUAACCAUGACAACAGGACUGCUGAUCGAGAGCCUUCAUCCUCCUCACAGACGCACACAAACAGCCCGUUUUACACUAAAUAAAAAACAAAUCCCUGUCCUCUCGACCCACUCCACUGGGGUGUUUGGUACAGGGCUGGAGGGGGCAAAUGAUAUCCUUUAGGAAACAAAAGCUUCAUCACAUCACCUUAUGUUCUGACUGUUAAGCGUUUCUCUGUAUCUUGAGUGUUUGAAUGACUUGAGCACACUAAGGAAAGGAGUUAUUUCCUUUAUUAAUGGUUGUUAAAGCUGAUUAUUUGAUUAAGCUUCUGUUUUUAUUGGUUGUCUUUUUUUCUUUUUCUUUUUUUUUACUUGUUUACAAUGCAUGUCAUAGAAAUCUGAUAAGGAUAUGAUGGAUUUUAAUGUCUGUAUGUAUCUGAAGUAUACCUCUUUCUUGUAACUUUUCCUUGCAGGAACUCAUGGUGCCAAGGUCCAAAUUAUCAAAGCAGUUGUCUGUUUAUUGUUGUUGUUUUUGUUUUUUUUCUGUCCAUUUAUGUAAAAUUUUAAAUAUUGCUUUUGCUCUAGUUGUGUAGGAUGGGGCAGUAACCAAGAGUUUGUUUAUUUAAAAAUAUGGUUAUAUGAGCAUAUGAUGUGUACUCUCAUACACAAAUAGUCUCACAUGGGUAUCUAAAAUUUUUAGUCAAAUUUUGUAAAUGAUACAGCUUGAGCUACGUUCAACUAACCAUAUUUAAUCACUGUGUACUGUAACUUUUUUCUAUUUGGUUUUGUGUGGUUCUUUGGUUGUUUUUUGUUUUGUUUUUUUAUAUUACAAUAGAGUUUUGUGUCUGUUAGUAUUUGGUAAUGAAACUAGUGUUGUCUUUAGGCUCUAGUCUUGUCUCUUUUUAACCUCAAUA